AUGUCUUUUAUAGGCUGGACAAUGAAUCCUCGAAAUAUAUCUUAAGAGAUCGAGGAGGAUUUAUAUUCGCUUGCUUCUACCUCAACUUGCGCAAAAACAGAGAGACAUUAUUCAGUUGAUGAAUUUGUUGAUUUGGUUCGCAGAUUAAAAGAAGUAUAUGAUAAUUUUCUUGAUUGUUACAAUAAUUUUGUUGAGUGGCGUGAAGCGAAAUUACAACGGUAUAGAGUUCAAUACUGCCGUGACAUAGAAAAGAUCAUUUUACAUUCUUUGGGUUUGAUAGAAGAACUAAAUUGUUACCUCAACAUCUUUCCAGAGUUCAACACGCCGCUUUACGAAGAAUAUGUAGAUUUGUGUCGAGAAACAAAUUGGUACAUCGAUUACGCGACAGAGCUGCCAAAGAUCAAGCACAAUAUUUUUGAGCAAGAGGUAACCUGGUAUACAGAAAAUCUCCCAAAGCUUGCAGAAAUUGCGCAAAAAGAAAAACGCCCCCCUUUCAUCAAACCGAUCGCAGAUCAGGAUCCGAGAGAGGCCCGCUAUACUAGGAUGGUCAUCUACCAUACCUUAGAACAGUUAGAAAAGAUGGCCCCCAAAAUGAAAGAAGCCCCUUCCUUAGAAAGCCUUCAAAAUCUUCAAAAAGAUGUAGAGCGUUAUGGCUGGUGCUUGACAGGAAUGGCCCCUCUUCUACCCGAUGAAGAGCAGAAUCCUUUUCAGGAAGGCGGCCUCUAUCAACGAUGGCAGAAAGCACGCGAUAACAUUCAAUAAGCCGAAAGCCUGUGGCACCAGAAUCAUUAAAGCGAGAACGCAAUCCAAUCUAAGAUAUCAUAGAAAAGUGGAUGA